AUGCUCCACGAGGUCCUACUCGCCCUCAGCGGGCAUCCCUCGCCAUUGUUCCCUGCAACCGCCCCGCCCGGUCGAUCGUCUGACGACUUUGUAGACAAAGACUUUCCGCUAUUGUCAUCAUCGGAAGCUGCUCUCUUGGCGACGGUGGGCAAGCUUGCCAGUUUGCAUCGUCAAAUUCGAGACCACGCAAAUCGCAUUCUCUCUCAACAUCCCUCGACCAUAUGUCGUGCUGUAGCUGCAUCGUUGCUGCAAACCCAUCUUGCACGUUUCCGUGAGAAGAUUCUUGAUGUUGAAAGGCAAAUCUUGACCAAAGAUGCUGCUAUAGUGGGUGCAUACAACAUUGUACCCCUCUCUGCAGUAGUUGGUGAGUUCGAUGGAUGGAGUCGUCGCAUGGAAUGGUAUUGGAGCCUUGCAUGCUUCAUCCAGCCUCUAGACGCGCACAAGUCUGUGCCAGCAACUGGGGCUGCGGUUAUCAAUCAUCUACGGUCAGAGAUGCAGACCGGAUUCCCCGAUAUUGAGACUGCAGCGACAGAGCUGAGUUGUGUUGCUGACAAGGCAUGGUUGAAACAAGUGUCUGCAUGGCUACUAUACGGCUUGCUUCCUAGCCACGGCGCUGAUGACUUCUUUGUCUCCGUGCAGGAGUCCGUUGAGGGACCGCCAUCAUACGCUCUGAGACGCGAAUUGCUGCCCAAGUUUGUUUCGCAACAGACUGGAAACUCUUUACUGUUCAUUGGAAAGUCCUUACACCAAGUCAAACAGCAUACACAAGGAUCAUCAGCAUCACACAUCCUUCAUAGUAACGAGGACGCUUCUCUUUUGGAUGCACAUCUCCAAUCUCUUUCUUCACUAUCAUAUCCCCUAAUUCCUGCUGCAUUCUCCACCACAAUAUCAUCAAUACGCUCAUCGCUAUCGCAAAAGGUUCUCCAGCGCCUACUCCCACCAAAUGAGAUCAAGCUUGUAUUGAACACCUUCCGCCAAAUCCUUCUUCUGGAUAGGGGUGAAUUUGCUGUCUUCUUGAUUUCCGAGGCAGCAGACAGACUAGAUGCCAGAAGAGUCGAACAUGGCCGAUAUCUGCAGGAGCCCUCUGGAAAGGAUCUGCGUGGUGUCAUGAUGAAGGAAGGCGAAAUCAACGAAUCGCUUUCACGAACAUGGAAAGCAUUGACAUCACUACAAACCGAGGAUCUCGAAGACGAUGUACUGGAAUAUGCCCGAGAGAACAUGCGCCUAGAGAUUGACACACGAAGAGCCACCUCCAGACCAACAACCUCGGAUGGAACAGCCUUGGAUGUGGCAGGUCUAUCCAGUACCUCAUUCAACGACCUCCUGUUCCCUGUUCCGACCCUACUCACAAUGCAAAUAUGCUCACCACUCGACCUCUUCGUCUCGCGCGCCGACAUGGAUCGGUAUUCGGCACUUAAUGCAUAUCUAUUGAGUCUACGUCGAGCACAUAUGCGCUUGUCCAAUCUCUGGCGAGAAUCUGGCUCACGCCGCGCAGUCGCAAAUCCUACUCGCUUAAGUGCAGAAGCAAGGCAGGUCGCUCAUACUCGUGGUAUUGCUCAACGCAAGGUCUGGGCUACAUGCAGUGCAGCUGUCUUCCUCCUAUCAGAAACCACAGCAUACUUUGAAGGCGAGCUGAUCACCAGCUCAUGGGACACCUUCUACUCGUGGGCUACUGCUCAGCAUCAUGAUCCUGAAACACUAGGACGAGCCCAUCGCUCGUUCCUCGCUGCACUGUCCUACACAAUCUUGCUUACUGACGCGGUCUAUACACGAUCUCUCCGUGAUUUGCUCACACACAUAGACGCAUUAGUCGCACUUUUUGGCCGUCUACAACGUCUCCAACAGACAUCCAGUCUCGGCGUAGGUGGUACAGACUUCCUCGACGAGGAAGAGACAGAGGUAGCACGCGAACUUGACCGGUCUCGCAAGCGUGUCGAUGCUGCCCUCAAAGACGUGGUUGCGAGGCUGCGACAGUUGGACCAUGAGCGUUUGGGUGCAGCAAGGUAUCUCCAAGUCGAUGCUCAAGACACGGGCUUCGAGGUCUGGCGAGGCGGAGGUGUGGACAGAUUAUUGAUGAAGCUGGACUUUGGUAGGAUGAGUGGUGGAGAGGAGUAUAUCGUCUAG